GGACAGGAGAGAGAGCCGUUAGCUGAACGCCGUUUGCCGCUGAAGGGGGCAACUAACUGAACCGAACUCAACUGAAGGUGUGCACGUAAAUACCUAAGCUAGAGAGGUGUGGCAUUACUGGACGCUGAAUCUAGAUUCCAGGUGAAGGUGCGGCGGGGUCAAAGUGCCUAUAUAGAGGAGCUGGGCCCUUUGGUUGGCACAUAAAAGUGUAAGAUGACAUGACUGUCAUGACUGGACAAAUGAAGAUGAGGAUGAACAUUCCUGUGAGGAUGAAUGUGUUUAUCAUCGUAUGCAGCUGCCUUUGUGUCACUUUUACUGGAGCCUCAGAGACAGAGCGAAAGCUCCAUCAGAAGCUCUUCGAGAACUAUAAUAUGAAAGUCAGACCGGCUCAUUACUGGGAGGAGAAGGUGAUGGUGCGAGUGGGGAUGACCCUUUCUCAGCUUGUCAGCUUGAACGAGAAGAACGAAGAGAUGACAACCAAUGUGUUCAUGAAUCUGGCAUGGACAGACUACAGGUUGUCAUGGGACCCAGAAAAAUAUGACAACAUAAAAGUUUUAAGGAUUCCCCCCAACAAGGUGUGGCGUCCUGACAUCUACCUCAUAAACAAUAAUGACGGUCAGUUUGAUGUGGCUCUCUACGUCAAUGUCUUGGUUUACAGUGAUGGGACAGUCAACUGGCUUCCCCCAGCCAUCUAUCGCAGCUCCUGUUCUAUAGAGGUGUCGUACUUCCCAUUUGACUGGCAGAACUGCAGCAUGGUUUUCCGUUCGUAUACUUACGAUGCCUCCGAGGUGGACCUGCAGUACUUUCUAGAUGAUGAUGGCAAAGAGAUUCAUGAGAUUGUUAUAGAUGAGAACGCUUUCACUGAAAAUGGAGAAUGGGCCAUCUGUCACAAACCCUCAAGAAAGAACAUUAAGGAGGAUCUGUAUGAGGACAUCACCUUCUACCUCAUCAUACAGAGAAAACCUCUCUUCUACAUUAUCAACAUCAUCGUGCCAUGCAUCCUCACCAGUGUGUUGGCUAUAUUUGUCUUCUACCUGCCUCCUGGAGCAGGAGAGAAGAUGACGCUGUCCAUUUCCGUCCUCAUCGCUCUGACUGUCUUCAUGCUUCUGCUGGCUGACAAGGUCCCUGAGACCUCUCUGGGCAUCCCAAUUAUUGUCAACUACGUCAUGUUCACCAUGAUUCUGGUCACUUUCUCUGUCAUCCUAAGUGUAGUCGUCCUCAAUAUACAUCACCGAACGCCCAGCACACACAUCAUGCCAAACUGGGUUCGAAAGGUAUUCAUUCACUUCCUGCCCAAAUACAUUGGCAUGACGAGGCCAAACCCAGAGGAACCUCUCCUGAAGGAGGACUCUAGUGACGACACAGACUUCAAAACCUUCAAUGGCAGGCAGCCUGGAGGAGAAUACUUCUUUCGCAAGAUCAACCCUGAUCUCGUCAUACCCUGGAGAGGAAGGUCUGAGAGCACGGUGCAGCUCCAACGCCUCCCAGACACUGACAGCUACUGUCUGAUCCUCCCUCCCAACCUGAAGUCAGCCAUCGCUGCCGUGACAUACAUGGCCGAGCAGCUGAAGAAGCAGGACACAGAUGACACGAUGACAGGAGACUGGCAGUUCAUCGCCCUGGUGGUGGACCGUCUCUUCCUGUGGUUGUUUGUCAUCAUCACCACGCUGGGAACUCUGGCCAUGUUCUUGGAUGCCAGUUUCAACUAUACACCUGACAACCCUUUCCCAUAGAAGACAAAACACACCCACACAGUUGGAGCUUGAUACAUUGUUCAAAUGUCACUUCUUCUUAUUGGUGAUUUCCUAGAUCACCUGAGCUGACUUUCCAUAAAUACCUUAAUACCUAUUCCAUAUUUCUGUUGUCAGCCACUGAAAUGUUUUGUAAGGUCAGGUAGUAUUUGCAUAAAGUAGAAUGACAUGCAACCUACAUGAUAACAGAAUCCAUGUAUAGAUCUACCAAACCUAAAUGUAUAUGUGGUAACACUCAAUGGUUUUUGCAUUAUUUUUGUCUAAAUCAUGUAUUUAACACAUUGUGAUCUUCGCUAUUUGAGUCUAAAAGCUUGAAAUACAUGUUUCUUGAAAGUGACAGAGUUUGUGUUAUUUAAAGCGCCACCUUCUUUUGAAUGUACUGACCUCUGCAAGACCAGUGAUGUAAUGUUGGCCUCUGGGCAGUAGAGGGCAGUAAUACAAUGUGCAUUUGAAAGACGACAACACAGUUGUUGAAAGAAAACUGGCUAUUCUAAGGUUUUUUCUCCUUUUACCAGUUUUCUCCCUUUGCUAAUGUUCUGCUUGGCGUCCCGGAGACCCCAAAGGUUCUUUGAAAGCUCAUAAAACACAUUUAUAACCUUGAUACUUCUUGACUUCCUAACCCCAUGAUUGCUCAGAAGAAGCAUUUUGGGUCAGUGCAGUGCUAACACAAUACUGGAUAAAUUCUACUCAG